UGCAAUCAAAUAGACUUGUGUGUGGACAAGCCAAGGUAGCGCGCACGCCGGCGCGGUGAAUGAUUGGGACCGGACGGUCGAUCGACAAAUAUGAGUUGGCAGUUUUAAACUACAGUACAGCAACUGGGAUCGUGAGCAAACGAAGACAGGGAGGCCAGCGAAAAUUGGAGUUGUUGCGGCCGUCGUUUCAUUUUUUUCGUGGAAAUUUCUCUCCAAACUUUAAGAGCUUUCACUUCGAUGGAUUGGCAGAUUAUUUGGACCCAGCAUGGCCAAAGUCAUGGAUGAUGAAUAUUGGAGGCAACGAUGGGUCAACAACCAGAUCACAUUUCAUAUGCCAAAAGUCAAUCCAACGCUGUCUAAGUAUAUGGCAAACAUGACAGCGGGGCAAGAGAAAUGCAGGAUAUUGGUACCACUUUGUGGAAAGUCAGAAGACAUGAAAUGGCUUGCUGACCAAGGCCACUCGGUAGUUGGAGUCGAACUCUCACCCUUGGCAGUUGAAGCUUUCUACAAGGAGAACAAACUGGACUUCACCUCCAGUCCCAUCGAAGGAUUAAGUGAUGCUGAUUUGUACAAGAGCAAAAAUGAAAGGAUUCAAAUUUACAAAGCAAGUCUAUUUGACUUAAGUAGAGAUAUUUUGGGAGAAUUUGACUGCAUAUGGGACCGUGGUUCACUUGUUGCUUUGCUCCGUGAGGAUAUGCAGAGAUACGUUGAGCUGAUGACGUCACUUAUGAAAACAAAGGGCCGGUGUCUUCUGGCAACAUUCGAUUAUGACCAAAGUAAAAUGAAUGGUCCUCCAUUUUCGACUCCGGCAAAAGUUGUGGAGCAACUUUAUGCUGCUGGCUGGGACAUCGAAUCGUUGGAGGUCACCGACGUGAUGAGUGACAAAUGGCGCAGCAGAGGCCUAGACACUAUGACAGGACUAACCACCCUGUUAACCAAGAAAUAACCAACGAAGCUGGUCAUGACAAGUUUCAGAGGUACUUCUCAGGCCCGUCUAUGAAGUUUUCAGUUGCAUAGUUUGACACCGCUGAGAAAUUGUCCAGAAGUAGAAACGUCUCUCCAGAGCCUCUACCAAACCUCUCUGUGUUGUGAAAUUCAUUCCGAAUUUUGUCGAUCUUUGACUAAAAUAACAUACGAUGAGCUCUGUACAGUCAUGCAUAUGAUAUAUCAGAGGAUGAACACCAACCUUAAUGGGUUUGAAUGUUAUUCAUGAACAAAUCAGAACUUUCCCAUUUGUAAUGCCCAAUUUCACAAAGAGGAAGGAAACCAAAACUGCUUAAUUGGUAUAAAAUUUGUCGACCUGAAAGUUGCAGACAACAGUUAUUAGUUAACAGGAAUAAUUGGACAAAGUACGACUUAACUGUCUUUUAAACUGUAAAGUUGACUUUAUAUACAAGUCGUAUACCUGUAUAUUUUUGGGCGUAACUGUUUUUUAAUUAAAGCUUCAUAUGUAUAUUGUGAGGUUAUACUUGUAGCUGACCUUAUCUUUCAAUUGAGUAUCACUAAGACAGCGCCUUUAAACUUGUACCUCAGUGUCUAAACUUGAUUCUUAAUAAAUUUUUAGACAAAAUGCAACUUAACUUACAGGGCCUAUUCCUGUACCAACUGUAUGUACCAACUGUACAUACCUUUUAGGUUAACCUUUGCUUUUCAGACAUUUAUUUCAUUUCUUAAGCAUCAUUUCUAUUAAUAUUCAAUAACGCUGUGCAGAUCAAAAUAGCAAAAAAUAUGAUUACACAAUAGCAAUUAUAUAAAAACUACAAUUAAAAUUGUAAUUUGAAACUACGAAACUACAUGCAAAUUACAGGUUCAACCACACGAUUAAUAAAACGUAAAAUUAUAUGUAUAAGACCUUGUUAAUUAUAACAUUUAUCAAAAAGGUACGUCUUGAUUGCACGCUUGAACUCGUUUUCAUUCGUAAUAAUAUCUUUCUACUGGUUUGGCAAAGAAUUCCACGUUGGUCCAGCAAUAACUGCCCUGUUGUUAAGUUUAUCAUACGACGGAGGAACCCGGUUGAAGACUCGAGGUAUCCUGAUUGUGUAA